CCCUCACCUAUUGCAAGGAAAAUCCGAAUAUCUGCGAAAAUGGUGGUAAAUGUAUUUCCCUAACCAAGGAGGAUGGCAGCUAUCACUGUCAGUGUCGUCAGGGUUAUUUGGGUAAAAAUUGUGAAAUGGUGGAUGAAUUUAUGAUAACCUCAACGUCGGCGCCCAGAAUUACCCCACCGCCACUGCCAGGAGAUGAUGAUGAUAUAUCUGAAAAUCUGAUUAAACGCACCAAUACAACCCAAAAUCUGGCAGCAGCACCAACAACCACUACCACUAAGACACCCUUUGCAAAUCCGAAUUCCAACAAUGGAAGUCUAGUGAAUGCCUCGGAGAAAAUUGACAAAUUUGCAACUAAAACAAAACCAAUUUUGACAACAGUUCGUCCGGUGACCCUUGGCCUCAGUACCACAACCACUGAAAGAAAUCUCAAAUUUCCAUAUAAAUUUGAGAAUUUAAAAAAUAUCUCUGGAUCCGAUAUUAUUGGUACUGCAACCACAAAUGUCUUGGUACCGAAUAGGGAUAUGUCGAAGGAUUCGUUAAAAGUGAAUAAAAAUAUUAACAAUAAAAUACCAAGUUCGAGUACGAUGUCCCCUCUAAGCCGACUGGAGGAGGAACAACAUCAGCCGACAUUUGUCAGCGGCAGCAGCAACAAGGGGACAGCUGUAAAAGUUGGUGCCACCCAGCCAUCAAAAGUUGAAGUAGUGUCGCAGCAGCAGGAGGAGGAAGAAGAGGAUGAAGAAUGCACGGAGGAUGAUAACGAUGAAGACUGUGAAUAUGAAGAUGACGAGGAAGAGGAAACGGAUGAUGAGGAGGAGGAGGAUGAUAAAUAA